GAAAAUGAUUUUUAAUCGACUUUAUUUUCAAAAAUCUUUAAAUUUAUUUUUGAAUACCAAAUCAUUAGCUGUCAAAAAUUUUGUUUAUUUGUCGACUGGCCAUGAACAUUUUCUUAGUUUUGUGCCAGAAUUAAGAGUUGGAAUUGAAAAUGAUGGGAAAACGAAAAUUAAUUUUGAAAAACUUAAUGAGAAGGUUCUUCUUGUCUACUUCUCUGCUGGAUGGUGUGCAACUUGUAAAGGGUUUACUCCUUUAUUGAAGAAAUUAUACAAUCAGUCGAAAGAUGACUUGGCUAUUUUGUGGAUAUCUAGAGGUUUAAGCAGUGUUUUCUUAAAAAAUAAUAAAAUUAUAGAUAAAACUGCCUCUGAACAAAUGGAAUAUUAUACAACCAAUUUGGAUCCAACUUGGAUGUAUGUUCCUUUGGGUAAAUCAACUAGAGAUUUUUUAAAAUUAUAUAAAUUAGCUGGUCUUCCAAGUGUCAAAUUAGUUGAUAAUAAUGGAAAGUUUAUAGAGGAUGUGAAAAUGCAAAUUGAGAAAAAUUCUGAUAAUCCAAAAGAAUUAAUUCAAUUAUUUAAGUCAAAAACAAAAAAUUAA